UUUUGGCUUUAUGAACAGUGAACCGGAAUACGUCGUCGUUUUGGGUGCCGUGUCCCCGGUCUUCCCGUUUGGCUCGGUGAAAGGUGAACAGUGAACGAAUUCCAGUCAAAACUUGUGAAACUUCAUUCGGGUUCCAUAUUCAGACAGGGAAGAAGAAGAAGAAUGGAUCCUCGUAUGUGGCACAGAAUCGCAGCUUUCUCUGGAGUAGCAGCAAUUGGAUUGGGGACUUAUGGCGCCCAUGUCUUCAAACCCCAAAACCCUGCUUACAAAGAUAUUUGGCACACAGCUUCUCUCUACCAUUUGGUUCACACAGCUGCCCUGGUGGCAGCUCCUGUUACCAAGCGCCCUAAUGUUUUUGGAGGGCUUUUGACCACGGGAAUUCUGGCAUUUUCCGGAACGUGUUACGCUGUGGCAUAUCUUGAAGACAGAACGUACUCUACCUUAGCUCCCUUUGGUGGCUUUGCAUUUAUGGCUGCUUGGGCAAGCCUGCUUUUCUAAGAUAAGAAUCAUUGAGAUUCUGGACAAUCAAACACAAGAUGUAACUCUUCUCUUGAAUUGCCAAUGGAUUUUUUGUUUGGAUAUGUUGCAAUAUGUUGUUCCUUGGUUUUUGAUGUAAAUGUCAACGAACAGUUCUUCAAGUUCCAUACCCCAUCAAACAGAUGCCGGUGAUCUGUUUGAUUUCUGUCCAGUAACACAGUAAGGUGAAGGUAUGGGUUAAAUGAUAUAGAAUUAACAAUAAAAAUAAAAUACUUAAUC